ACCUGGCUAGACGGUGAGAACAUGCUCGCAUUCAUCGUGAUAUUCAUCGUCUUCGGGGCCCUGUCCAUCGUCAUGCUGCUGCCGCAAACGGUGCUCUUCCUGGCGGCGGGCUACGCGUGUGCAGACCGCCUCCGUAACCAGUACCUGGCGUUCGCCGUGGCGUUGAACCUGUCCCUGGUCACCUUCAUCAUCGGAGCAUCCAUCGCCUUCCUGCUGGCCAGGAGUGUUCUACCGCCUUCGUGCACGCGCAAGUUCUUCAAGCACUUCGCCAUCCUCGAAGGCCUGGACCAUGCUCUCCAGCACAAAGGGCGCCGAAUCAUUUUCUUGUUGCGCAUCAAUCCCAUGUCGCCCUACAACGCGCUGAACUACGGGCUCGGUCUCAGCUCUUGCACGUUCCGAGCUUACCUGCAGGGGAUGGUGGGCGCGUUCCCUUUCACGUGCAUCGCCGUGUACGCCGGGAUGCUCAUUAGCAGCGUGGACGACAUUGACUCGCUCUUCACCUACACGAGCACCGGUUGGUACUGCGUCUACGCGGCCCUGGGCGUGGCCUGCGUCGUGUCCUUCGUGGCCAUCGUCCGCUACACCUCGGCCGAGAUGAAGGCCGCCGUGCGCUCGGCGCCAAGACCCGCUGGUGGGGACAGGGUCGACGGGGAGGAAGAGUUCGGGGAGCUUCCGCCGGACUCUACCAUGUUCGGGACGUUCACGUCUCGGUCGGAGUGUUACGGCGGCGAGGAGGGGCGCGGAGGAAAUGCCGGUGCGGGAGGCGAUGAGAAGGAAGAGGGGGAAGCGAUGGAGACCUUCGACGAGAUUGUAGUUGCAAGAGCGCCGUUGUUAGGCGGGGACCCACGCCGGAAAAACGGCGUCGCGGCGGAAAGAACGAGUAAGAGAGCUGCACGGUUAUUUCCGGUUGUUGAUGUUUGAGCGUAGAAAGAGCGGGGCUUGUCGAU